CCUAUGACUAUUUAGCCAACAGCCGGUGACCUGGUUGAAUUUUUUUUGGGUCUGUGCUUCGUCCUGCACGAAAUUGUGCUCCAUGCUUACCGUAUCCUUUUCUAGCGAGCGUGCAUUAUGGAAACGAAAAGAUAGAAUGCAACAGGAAGAACUGAAUAUUCUGCGCAUCAGCCUGGAAAAAAGCGAGCAAAAGGUAAGGCUAAUCGAAUGCGAGUCAAAAAAAAAAAAAAAGGCGGCGGUCUCAACUCAACUGUAUUUUUUACAACUCACCAGAGAAAGAAAAUGGUAUUAAAAAAGCAAGAGUACGAAAAGGAGAUAGAACGAUUAAGUAGUCUUAGUCAGAAUGGUAGUGUUCCUUAUUCAUUCCCGCCACAACCUGGUACAUCCUCAGCCAACAAGCGACGGAUAGCUUCGGACGACGAAACGGACAGCAACGCCACGGAUGAUGAAGCGCCGCCUGUGAUGAAGAAGAAAAAACCAAUACCGAUUGAACUUUCGAGUGACAGCGACACCGAUGCCGAAGAGGAUGUUCCUGUUGUUGCUCGGUCCAAACCCAUUCAUCCAAAGAGACUAGAGUUACUUGGUAUUCCCCCACAACACGAACCAACCGCUGGACAAUGACAUCCCCCCCCCUUUUUUUUAAAACACACCUAUACCCCAUCUUCACUG